ACCAACCUGGUGCCCUACCCACGGAUACACUUCCCGCUCACCACCUACGCGCCCAUCAUCUCGGCAGAGAAAGCCUACCACGAGCAGCUGUCGGUGCCGGAGAUCACCAACGCUUGCUUUGAGUUCUCCAACCAGAUGGUGAAAUGUGACCCGCGCCGUGGCAAGUACAUGGCAUGCUGCCUGCUGUACCGGGGCGAUGUGGUGCCCAAGGAUGUGAACGCGGCCAUUGCAGCCAUUAAAACGCGCCGGUCGAUCCAGUUUGUGGAUUGGUGCCCCACGGGCUUCAAGGUGGGGAUCAACUACCAGCCUCCCACGGUGGUGCCCGGGGGAGACCUGGCCAAGGUGCAGCGGGCUGUCUGCAUGCUGAGCAACACCACGGCCAUCGCGGAGGCGUGGGCCCGCCUGGACCACAAGUUUGACCUG